AUGAUUACUUGCUUCUUUAUGAACUUGGCCAACUCGCUGACUCUAUCUAUCGGACUAACUCUAUCUUGUAUUCGGAAAUGGCGCUUAUUUACACGUCUUAAGCAAUUCAGUGCUGGACGCGUGACUGCCUCCUUUGGAUCGGUCAAUUUACCUUUCAACAGUAUAAAAGUGUUUCAAUACAAUAAACAGUAA